AUGAACAAGAAGUUGCACCAAUACUUCAAGAAGGAAGUUCUUUGUGAAGUUGCAAGAAACGAGAGCAACCACUUCACAACACGUUUCUGGUCUCGCACUCAGGAGGUGAAUUGCAAGAUGAGGGACUACAAGCCUCUCCGGCCCAAUGGGGAGGCCCGGCCCUUGCGCACUGACCGUACGGAGACCCGGGGGUUCCGGACCAGGGGACACCGGGAGGAUGCUGGCAGUGAGAUUGACCUCACCAGUGGUAAGUGGUGGAUGCGCCUUUUCAUAGUGUUUGUCUAUGCGGUGUUGGCUGUAUGGAAGGCUUUCUCCUGGUGCCGAUCCCUCGAUUUGACAGAGACCUGGACGAAGCUUAGCUCCAAAAACUUUUCCUCGGUGAUGCCUACACCACCGGAGAGCGAGGAAGAGGCAGUGAGCAAUCGUAGCUACAAGAUUCAACUGGAUGGCUUGGAAUCCGAGAUUGCCUAUGUCUCCCUGACUCAGGUGAUCGCACCCUUCUGCCUCUUCACCGUCGUCGUCUCGCUGGGCCGAAAUCUGGACCUCGGCAUGGCGGACAUGGGGAUUGUGUACGGUGACACCAAUGCCAUUCCGCUGAUGGCCACUGGCUUUACCUGGUUCAGAGGGAUACCUCCUGGUCGAAAUAUGCGUAUCGCAAUGUUUCUACUCUUGGCUUGCUGGUUCGGCUACACUAUGGUGGCGCACCUGCUUCGAUACAAUUGGCACUUCGUAGAAGAAGUCUGGCUGAACCACAUGGUCUUCGUCACGAUGAUGUCAUUAGCGUUGCGUAUUUCACGUUGUUGGGUGGUGGUGAACAUGCUGCUUCACACCAUUUUCUUUCUGUCUUUGACGCUGAUCAACGGCUCUGGGGAAUAUGGUCCGUCACCGGGGUCGCAGGUGCUGCUGGUGAGCCUUGUAGGUUUGUGCAUCAACUAUAGCCAGGUACUUUCCCAGAUGGUUUCCAAGAAAGCAAAUGCGGAGUACAAAUUGGUUCAGGCAGAAGUUGUGCAGGUAAAGAUGGAGAAACGUGCAAUGGAUGCGGAACAGGAGGCACGCGCUGGCGAAGCCAAGGAGGCCUUGGCCCAAGCGGAGUUGGCGGAUGAUCGGCGCAUGGCUGCAGAGGCCAAUUCUCGAAUGGUCGAGAAGAUGCAUGACGCCAUGCAGAAUCUGCUGCUGAUGCUGUGCGAUGCCGUUGUGGAGUUGGAUAACGAACUGAGAAUUUUGGAUCAAGGGAAGCUGGGACUGGUACUCUAUCAACACCAAAAGGACCUUGCUGCUCGACCCUUUAGCGAGUUUUUGGUAAGUGAAGACGUCCAACGCUUCAAAGAUAUGGUUCAGACUUCGAGCAGACAGAGAGUCCCUGUCUCUGUGACAAUGAUAGGUUCCUACUCCAUGAAGAUCCGAAUGACCGUGUAUCUCUCCCAGAUCGAUCAGCCGGACGGCUCUUGUACUUACGUCGUGGGCAUUUGUGAAUCUCAAGAAGAGAACCGGCCCGUUCUCGGGGAAGGCAACGAAGGCAACGACUCCGAGAACUUGGGCCAGCCGCGAUUUCAGUCUUUCGAUGCCGACGUUCCUGACAUCGACUACUUUGGGGCCAAGGAGUUGCAAUCUCCAUCCACGAGCAGCGCUCCGAUGAGAGGCUCGAGUUCCUCGCGGUAUGAAGCCAUCCAGCCCAUGCUGGAGGAGGAACGGAUGCAGUCGCUUUUGCCUUUGCUUUGGUCCUGGCCAGUGCCUUCCGAGCGCUCAGGCUGCUGCGAAACGCAUCGUCUGCUGGACGAGGCGGCUUCAGUGGUGGAGAAACUUAAAGGCCUGGAAUGUCAAGCAGCGCCUGGAUGUUUGGUCUGGCAAUGCCCCGGCUGCAAGUUAAAAGGAGUACCAGGGGAUCGCGAUUUGUUCAAUGCUUCUCUGGGUAUUUGCGGACGAUGUGCCGCAUGGGACAUGCUCAUGUAG